UCCUCUUACGCUCAGCACUCGGUAUCCGGAAAUUAACAAUCCCGUGAUGUCAGGAGAGUUCUCGCAUAGCGUUAGAACGAGAGCUGUGCCUUUCUCAACUCGGAUUUUUGAAGGAAACUAUUCGGCGGGUUCGAUGCUGACAGUUUUUUUUGUUUUAGCUCCGGUGUCGUGUACAGACACGGGGCUACGAGAGUGAAAGACUGUCGGUGAAUAUAUCCUUCCGCACGGAGCGUAACAACAGCGGGAUGAAGCGCCCCUCUCUGUCCCUGGAACUAGCGGGAUGCUGUUCAUUUAGCUUCGUCGGACUCACAAGCUAACAGGCUAAUCAAUAACAACUUCAGCACUAACGGAGGAGGUCAUGGCGCAGUUUGUUUUGGAGCAGCUGUCAGGAUUCGGGGACUACAAUGGCAGUGAAGAGCUAAGUGAAAUACUGGGACUAAUUAACGACGCUCUGUCGGACGUUCGCCUGAGCCCUGAUGAUCGUCACGUCCAUGUCAUCCUCCGAAAGCCUAAAGCUGGUCUUGUGACUUUUGACAAGUAUGAAAGAGUCCAGCUGGUCCACAACCAGAAGAAACUGGAUUUGCGUUUAACACGGACUGUUCCCAUUGUGGAUAUUUUAUAUUUGGAACAUAAUAACAAGGUCAACAACAACAACAGUAGUAGUAGCAGUAAAGACUCAGCCACAGUUGCAGUGGUUUAUGAGAAUGGAAAAGCUGAGUUCUGGAGGUUCCAGGAGUGCAGAGCUGGCUGGCAUCUCCUGCAAACAUCAGAUUUGUGCAACAGUCCCCGGGCCAGAGUGGUGUCUGUGUGUGUUUGCUCCAACCUGAUCAUCUGGUGCGAGGAGAGGCCGCCUUCAGAGAGCUCCCCUGCUCUCAGCUCCACCAGGAAUAAGCUUAGAUACUGUGUCUGCAGACGUGACUUUGAGGUGGGGGAGGGAUCCGUCAGCUUGGGAGGAGUGAAAAUCGCCCUCCACAACAACCCCAGGUUCACCUUGGUUGCCUCAGGUGAAUAUGUGCAUCUCCUCCCUGACUUGAGAGUGAAACCACAGCUAAGCUUUUCAAAAAUUUUCAUUUCCUGGUCCCCUCGCCUCAACUCCUUCAGAAUCAGUGUGACAUGUAAAAACACUCCUCUAAAACUGCUCUCAGCUAAGGAGUCUGACUUUAAGAAGUUGGUGACAGACUCUCUGGGGUAUUUAUCCACUCUUGAGCCGCCUGAGAUCUUCAGCUUCUCCCCCACACUGUGUGGAGGUCUGCUUCUGCUGCUCAGCACAGGAUGGCUCUGUCUCCUCCAGAAAGAUGGGAUGCUGCGGCAGGUUUAUAAACAGGCAGACAGCUGCUUGGCAAAGUAUGGUACUCACACUAGCCUCUGCAUGUACAAGGACACCCUGGCACUGCUGGUGGGGCAAAACCUGCAUCUCGUCGACAUGAACUGUGGAAGAGAGCUGCAAACUAUUACGCUACAGAGAGAGGGAGUGUUAUAUUCAAACCGGGCUGAAACGAGAACACCUCAUCUGCUCUUAGAGACUGGACUUUAUGUGGUAGUGAACAAGGAGACAGAACCCAGCAACUCUAAGGUGAAACUUGAUAUCAGCACAGAGUAUUUUCACCAUGGAGCCCUCCUGGUUGAAGCUGUCUUUGAGGAGGCGUGUAAAUACUAUCAGCAGAGGAGUCUGAGCAGCACCCAGCUCACUGUCGACACACUGAAGAAGGGAGGCAGGUUCCAGGCUCCCAUAUCUUUAGCCUCCAUCCUCAGGAACUACUUUGACACAGGGUCAAAGUGGAAAGGGGCAGAGCUGCACCAGAAUGGAGGAGGUGGAUGUAUGGCAGGGCAGGACAAGUUAAUGGGCUCCUUGGAGGCAGAGCUGAAAGCUUUGGUCUCUCUGGAGGAGCUGAAGGGCAGUAUAGUGAGGGGAAGUGUUAAAGAGGUGGAAGCGGUGUGUGAAAGUCUAGUUGAGAAAGAAGUAGCCAGAUUGAUGACAUCCUCAGAGCUGGAUAAGGAGUCUCUGCUUUACCUCAACUCCAUUUUCAGCAUCUUUCCUUGCGAGGCAUGGAGGGCAGCACAGGCCGCCCUCCAGCUACACAACAGAGAAGGUUCACUGUCCAGCAGUGCUCCAGCUGAUGUGUGGAAAACUGUCCUCAGUCCUGCCUCAACCUCCAGACUCCCAGCUGCAAUUCGACUAUCAAAUGGUGGGCCAAAGCACAAUCACAGUGAUUCCAUUGCCAACUGUAAAGUCAAAUCUCCAAGCUCCACCCCCCCAGCUGCCCUGCCUGUGUUUGAACUCCUCUGCCACUCAGUUUUGCACUUCCAACCCAGUUGGCUGCCCAAGUUCCUUGAGCUCGCACAGCAGCAGCAGGGCUCCGUCGGUCUGGGCCUGAUUCUGGCCUCUUCCUCCUGGAGCUUUUCUGGUGGCAAAGGCAGGGAGGGCGGGGGGAACAAUGUGCCACUCUACAAACGAGCUCUGUAUGUGCUGUCCAGUCCGAGCUUUGAUGCAGACCAGCACCAUGACCUGGAGGUAGAGCUGCUCCUGGUCAGUGGGCGUCCUAAUGCUAUCCUGCAGGCGAUGAGGGUCCUCAUGGCCAAGCAGGAGUGGGAGCGGGUCACGCAGGUGGCGCAGAAGUUCUGCAAAACGAGUCCACUGCUCAACAAGGAGAUUUUCACGACUCUGCUGUGUGAGGUGGCCCAUCACAGGGAUCUGGAUCCAUACCUGAACCUUUUGUGGACACUCUGCCCUGAGGACCUCACUGUCACAACCAUACUCAACCUGGUGCUGAAAAGCCUCCCCUCCUCUCAUGCCCCCUCCUCCUUCUCCGUGUCUACUACAACCUCCUCAUCCUCUGCUCCCUUUGCAGACUCCAACAGUAGCCAGCUGACCAUCGGGCUGUUGAAACCUCUGCUAAAAAAAGUCCUUCAGCGGGAGACCAAGCCCAGCCAGCACUAUGCUGACAUCCUCCAUUCUCCUCUGUUUCCCCCUCCAGCACCUCCACGUGAGUCCACAGAGCAGCCGGGGACCGUCACAGAUUCGGAAGCAGACUCUGCAGAGUGCAACAACAUCUCCCCGACCUCUCAACAGCAAUCACCCACACACACAACUGCUCAAAGGGCCAAGGUAACACUACCUGCUAAUCCGUUGUGCUCUUCAUGAACAAACAAGCACAUCCCAAAGAAAAACAAAAAAAAAACUGUCAUUAAGUAUUCUAGAUAAAAUCUGGCCUGACUGUGAAGCAGUGUUCAUGUGUGUUGACAAAAACAUUCUAACAAUAGUACUUAUAGUAGUUAUCAAUAGUGUUAUAUAGUUAGUGACGCAGAAUGGUAAUUUCACAUGAAGUGUGACGACUACAAAGUAUGAAAUGACUACUGAAGAUCUUACCCGACAGGUAAUUUUCAUGUGUACAAACGGAAUUUGCAAUUGUUAUUUAUCUCUGAAGCCUUAACUGCAUGUGGACAAGAAAGCUUGUCUUGCCUUUGUCAGAAUGUCAUCAGCAAAUAAUAAUAAUAAUAAUAAUAAUACUAGUGGUUAAAGCUGCACAAUUAAUCGCAAAUAUAAUCGAAAUUGCAAUAUUCGAAUCUAAAGACAGUACAGAAAUGUACUGACCCACAAAUCUCUCCUCAGAAAUAAGUUUAGCUUGUCAACAGACAAUUUGGAAUUUUUUAUUUUGUCUUUUUGUCUUUUGUCUGUUUUUUUUUUUACUCAUAUGUUGCAGCUCUAAUAGUAACAUACUGAGUUAUGUGUACAACAAAGCCACUAACUCCAAUUUUUUGGGGUUUAUUGUAUCAGUGUGUAGAAUAUUUGCUGUCCAGUGUAGCUGGGGUCUGCAGAAAUUCGAGUUUAGCUGCCUUUCACUCGCUGAUGUCAAAGUGCAUUCCUGCAGUGAGUAAUCUCCUGAGUUUUAUCCUGACAAACUGCCCUUUGUGUUUGUUUGUUUUUUAUAAGUGUGAACUGACGGGGGCCAAGGUUCCUUUGCUUACUUCUAGUGUUUGCAUUUAACAUAUUGUAGGUUUUUAAAUAUUAACCUGAUUUUGACUCGGGUCGGGUGUCCUGUGAAAAGACUAGCUCCUCCCACUCUCUCACUCUCUUGACUCCAUCUUGUCCUCUCUGCUCCCUCUCUGUCCAGCUCACAGGACAUUCCAGACGGAAUACCCAGAAAAAGUGACUCACAGUUCGACAAUUGAAUUGAAUUAAAUUAAAUUCAAGCGUGGCCUGGGCACAGGGCGACUAACACAGGCGGCCCUGCUGCUUGCAUAAGGUCCAGUACGCUUGUCUUCCUUCAUGGAAGCAGUGAGUGUAAUGUUAUUAGACCACCAUUUUCUCCAUGCUCUGAAAUUCAUUGCACUUUCAAAUCACCCCAGUCACUGUUGCUUGUUUUGUACCUUGCAUUUGUUGAAAUGAAUGUUUUCGGAUUAAGUGCUGUGAACAAGAGUAUAUUUAAGUGCCUGUUUUGAUAAUGCUUUCUUUUUGAGCAGUCUGAAAGUUGUUUUUGUUUGUUUGUUUUUUUACACACAUCAUGGUGGAGCCUGUCAAAACAAAAUGUUAUUUAAGUUGUAACAAUCAUUAGAAUGUUACUGAAUUGGUAGUAGCCUGUAGUUAUCUCUUUAGGGGCGAGUGACAAUCGGGACUCCAAAAAAAGCCGCACAACAGUCGUGCCUUUUUUUUUUUCACAGCGCUGCUCUUCAUUUACAAGAUGGUGUUACAUUUUUGCCCCAUCUUCUGAACUCCAGCUCCCGCUCUACACGAAGCAUCAAAGGUUGAUCAGAGGAGCUGUGACAUAGAGAACAAAUUUGUCAUUUGUUUGUUUGUGUUUUUAAAAGUGUAAUAAGCUGUCGAUGUGGGGACCAGCUCUUGCCCUCUUAUUCUGGUUUGACUGGUGUCUUUUAUAGUGUCUUUCUGAGCUGUGUACAUGUUAAACAAGCACGUCAACCCUGCUGAAAGUAAAUGGUAACUCCCUGACUUCCUUAGGCAGACUACUGAGCCCAGUAUUUUUGACUUGUCACAUAUUAACUAUUAAUUGCUUUUGAACCUUACUUCUGGUUUCUGUUAACAAAUAAAGUCUCGUCUUCCAUUUGCCUGACAGAGUUUCACAUCUGCAUGGUUACUUUGUCUACUUUGGGCCAUCCAGUAUUUGAAAUAAGAAAAUGUGUGCAAGUAUUUAUAAAGAAAAAAAAAGGAUGCUGUAUGCUAUUAAACUGAAGACAAAACA